CUCUUGUCUCCGCCGGGCGGGGGAAGCCGGCUUUACGGCAGGAGGGCGGGAGCGGCGCGACGGUUUUGCGGCCGGUCGGUGGCGGCGGGGGGGGGGGAGACGGAGCCAGGAUGGCGUCGGGGAGCGGGAUGAAAAGCAUGGACUUCCGUAAGAAGUGGGACAAGGAUGAGUACGAAAAGUUGGCACAGAAACGGUUGCAGGAAGAAAGGGAGAAGCGAGAUGCAAAGCCUCCAGUACCAAUUAAGCGGGAGCUGCUGCGUCACAGAGAUUAUAAAGUGGAUUUGGAAUCAAAAUUGGGAAAAACGAUUGUUAUCACAAAGACAACUCCCCAGUCUGAAAUGGGAGGAUAUUACUGUAAUGUAUGUGACUGUGUUGUGAAGGACUCGAUCAAUUUCCUGGAUCACAUAAAUGGCAAAAAACACCAAAGGAACCUGGGUAUGUCCAUGAAGGUAGAGCGCUCGACAUUGGACCAAGUAAAGAAACGUUUCGAAAUCAAUAAAAAGAAAAUUGAGGAAAAACAAAAGGAGUAUGACUUUGAGGAGCGCAUGAAGGAACUGCGGGAAGAAGAAGAAAAAGCAAAGGCGUACAGGAAGGAGAAGCUGAAAGAGAAGAAGCGGAAAGCAGAGGAGGAGCUGACUUUCGAGGAGGAUGACGAGAUGGCAGCAGUGAUGGGAUUCUCCGGCUUCGGUUCGUCAAAGAAGAGCAGCUGACCGAACCACCGCUCUGGCGUUGGACGUCCUUUCCGUACUUCUUCCUUCCCACUUUCUUUCUCCCCUUAGCCUCCUGAUUCCCACUUAGAAUGGCGUUGUGUGUAGUGUGAAUGAAGGUGUUUGUUAAUAAAGGAUUUUUUUUAUAAGAAAAGUUAUCCCUUCCUCUAAGACCCUUUCAGAGAAAGUUGCUUUUAGGUUCAGUCAUUCAAAGUUUUAUUCACAAGCAGGGGGAGAUCUUGUAGUCACUCGAGCCUGUUUUGACAUUCAGUUAGACCGUGGCUGACCUCUAUGUGUUCUCCUUCGUUUAAGGUAGUUUGCAAUGGUUUCCCCAGCUUUCCCCAUUCCCUUCUUCUGGGUGAGAUCAUGACUGUUUCCUGCAAGCAAGGGUAAAGACUGCCGAUCAAAAUCAGGACAAGUUUAGGGUUGUUACAAUUGGCUCAGCACCCUUUUGGGUAGGAUGAGAAGGGGUGGUGGCUAGCAGAUUCCCUUGACUAAUCAUUAAGUAACAAUUCUUGCAGAAAGUGUCCAAAGCAUCAGAUGCAGCUGUGAUGCUCUUGUAGCUGAAUAUAUCCUGCUGCAUGAAAUUAGCUGCAUUGAUGGAGAGCUCCUAAUCUCUGGAGUCAGUACACUGGCACUGAACCAAAAAGAGCUGAAACAAAUAUUCACUUCUGGCACUGAACCAAAAAGAGCUGAAACAAGUAUUCACUUAUUUGAUUUUGUUAAACUUCCUCUGGUUCUGAUCCAGGUCUACAGUACAAAUCCUUUAUUAAGCACCUUUUGGUUGACUAGUUGACUAUCCAAGACGAUUCAUUUGAUUGAAAAUUGUGUUGUGUGCAUCUUGAGAGGGAGUUGCGUGCUAAGGAAAGGUUUAAAUAGCAAAAUUACACGCAAAACUGUAACGCCCUUUUUAACUGCAAUCAUUUUUCUAAGCCUCUCAACUCAUUGCUCUCUGGUUUUUCUUAUGCCAUUUGGAGACUUUUUGACCACUGAAAUAGCAGCCUUUCAUAAGCACAUCUCAUCGCUAUACUGAACACGGAGCUCCUGCUUGUGGCCCAGUUGGUAAUUGGGUGUGUGGAUGGUACUGAAAUCUGUGGAUUGACUGAAUGCCUGCCCAUUGAGUGGGUCAACCUUAAAGUGUGUGCUGAAAGAAAUCAGACUGGGUUCCUCCUCCUCAUUAACUCUCAGUGUGAAUGGAUCCAUACUCCUCUUUCACCAUAGACCUGAAGAUUUUUCUUCUCAAAUACUCAUCCAGUUCCCUAUUGAAAACAAUUUUGAAUCUGCUUUACCCACCUUUACGGAUAGUACAUUCCGGAUCAUAAUUGCCAGCAUUAAAACAAAACUAUAUUUUUGCCAAUUAUCUUAAAUAGUUUGGUGUCCUAUUACUCUGAUACAGCUUGUUUUCUGAAUGAUGAGCAAGAGGAAAAUUAGGACCAUUGUCCUUCAUAAAAGUAGUGUAAUGAGAUGAGAGAAGGUGCAGUGUUAAACAAUGUGACCUCUCUCUUACUUGCAUUUUCUUUAUUACUGCAUAUUGGAGGGAACUGGAUGUCUAAAAAUCACAACCUGUUCAACGUUUAUGUGUUUCAAGGGGGUAAUAGUUUGCAAAGACAUUCUCUCCUGCUGGACAAAAGCUAAUGUAUGUACCAAAGUGACCUGAAAGUAACGUGGUGAAUGAUCUGAGAAACAAUCUGAAUGCAGGGAGAUCUUCCACUGCUUCACGUUCCUCUGUGUGUUAUGUGUGCCGUGCUUUGACAGUUCUUCACAUGCUUUCUUUUCCUCUUCCAAUCCACAUUUUCUAAUGCAAAGUUUUUCUUUUCCUUAACCGUGCGUGACUUCCAUGAAAAGAGCUUGGUGUCUGUGACCCUUUUUUUUAAAUUAAAGGCAAACCAGAA